CUGUUCACAGCCAUGAAUCUAGAGAUGGCGUGGAAAUGGUUAAUUGUAAGAUGAAGUAGGAACAUGUUCCAAUUUAGUAAAUGAUUUGCUCUUGCUUUUCUAGCUGUUUAUGAGGGAUCCAUACGAUGCAGGAGUUGACUGGUGGGCGUUCGGGAUCAUCCUGUGCCUGAUGGCUACUGGUCAAUUACCAUUCGAUGAUCUAUCUGGCAUGAACUAUCUGGCAUAUUUAGUGACCAGUACCAAGCCCCGCUAUGCAAAAGGGCUUAGCAGAGACGCCAGGAGACUCCUGAACGAGCUGCUAGAGAAGGAUCCGGAGAAGCGUCUCGGCACAACAGGAGACAUUAGGAGUCACCCCUUCUUCAGAUCCAUCAAGUGGGCAGAACUGGAGAGCCUGAAGGUGCCUUCGCCUUUUAAGCCGGAAGGAUUUUCACCAGAGGAGUUGAAGGCAACAUAUACAGGGCCACUGCCAUUCUUGGAGAACCCCAAGAGCGAAGUUCCACCUGAUGAUCCAAUGGUUCUCCAGGAAUUCUCAUACGUGAACUCCAGCUGGUAAGCUUAAACAUCUGCCCACAACAUCGGGCCCCUUACUCAGGCCCACAACAUCGGGCCCCUU